AUGCUUGAGUUUCCUAUUGAGUUACAGACAAUUGAGAAUAGAAUUGACACGGUCCAGGACACCAUAGUUAUCAAAAUAUUAUGUAAUAAACCAUAUAGGAAGCUAUUAUGGUCUUCAAAACAAUAUAAAAAUUCCAAACAAAUUCAAAUUAACGAAACAAUUAAAAUUCAAGUACCUUCAACACUAAAAGUCAAUGUAAACUUAUAUAGACUAGCUCCAAUUGAAGGAGAGAAAUUAUUCGCAAAAUUCGAUUUUGAUCUUGAAAAAAUUCAAUUAAAUACUGCAAUAACACUUAAUUAUCAAAAUGACAUAUCAAUGAAAUUCAAGAUUUUGCAACCUACAUACAAAUUUGAACAAAAUGAAAAAAUUGAAUUUUCGAAAAGUCCAGAAAAGCUAAUUAUUACAACUGUAUCUCAACAAAAAUUAAAUUUAAGCAUUUCUCAUAGAUCAAAUACUUACGAAUAUGCAGAUAUUUCUUCGAUAAUGCAAAAUUCUCUUUUCAAUUCGUCAUUUUUCCAAAAUAAAUACGAUAUAUUUAUUUUUAAUUCAGUAGUUCUUGAUGUAUCAUCUACAUUUUGUAUCUGGAAUGAUCUUAAUUUACUUUUUUCAACUUGCACGAAUGAAUCAGUGAUACUUUCAAUUUAUUCUACUUCGGAAUCAUCAUUUGACUUAAUCUAUGCUGCAACAGUUGAUAUUAUUGCAAAUAAAACUGUUGUUCCUUUGAAUAUUAAAAUGGAUCAAGAAAAAGGAAUUGUUAUUGCACCAUUAUCAAUAACAUUUGAUAUAUUGUCUCCAUAUGAAAAGAUUGGAGAGUUAUACGAUCAAAAGUACAUGAAAUAUACACAAAAUAAGAUAACAACAGAUAAACCGGUUCUAAUCAAACAAAACCAGAUAAAAGCAUAUCUAUAUACUGUAGGAAAUGGAAUCAUUGAUGUUUCUGCUACUUGUAUUAAAAAUACAGGUUCAAUUUCGGAUACUUUGUUUUUCAAUCAAAGAGUGCAAUGGGGAAGCUUCGAAACAAACAAUUUACCUCUAUUCCCAUGCUCCGUAUUGUCAAUUGACCUCAGUAGACUGUCAAAUUCAGCAUCUUAUUUAGUUUUCGCAAUUUCAAUGCAAACUGGCAGUCUAAAAGACACUUUUGGCAGUAGACUGAAAAUUGUUGAUGGAAAUGACAGUUUUUCAUUUUCAAUUCCAAAUUCGGAUUGUUCCGGCUGCUUGGUAGCUUAUCUUGAGAAGGGAGACAAAGGAUGGGAACUGAAUACACUUAAUCACGUCUGUGAUUCGAAAACUGCUCCGAAAAUUGCAAAAGAUGCAGCUGCUUUCUUCUUCCCAACAGAUAACAAGGCUUUCAUCAUUGAAUAA